AUGCUAGAUUACAACAUUCAUGACGAUAAUAAACAACCAACAACUUUCGCUACAAAUGAAAAAAAUGAAUCUCUGCCAGAUAAGAAACCUUGGUGGCGCAAAAGUAAUAAAACUAAUUUGGAAGAAUCCAAGAAAGGAAGUGAAAAUAUCAAGAAAGAAAAAGACAAUAUUUCCUCUAGGCCAAGUAGUAAAAGGGAGGCUAUUAUGAAAUAUUUACAGAGGUCAAAGAGUAAAGGUGAUAAAAAGGAUUUAAACAAGAAUGACGAUAUUCUAGAGGAUCUAUCAGAAAUGUCUGAUGAACAAUUUAGUGAUACUUCUGAAAAAUCUAGUGUUUCACUGAUACAAUCAAAUAACCCCUUAGCAAAUCUAAAAUAUGCCGAUGUGUUUAGCGCAAGUUUAAAGAAUAAUAUUGGAUAUUUAUAUCAACAAGUGGAAAAUGCAUCUCAAAGAGAAGAAUAUCAAUUUACCCCAAAAGAUAUUACAACUAUUAUGGAUAAUGGAACAGCUGGGAAUAAAGAACCAAAAGACGAUGAGAUUUCUGAAAGUACUAUAUCCUCUACUAGUUCUAAGGAAUUUGACAAUUAUAAAGCAGAUGAUUAUUCUCCAUUGACACCCCUUGAGAAUGUUGAAAGGAAUAAAGAUAUUAAGGUGAUUCCAGAAAAUAAUGAUAAUAGUAGCACCCCCUGUUGUUGUAACGAUGAAGCCACGAUGGAGUUAGACUCUCAAUCAUUUUCUUAUCUCAUAAGAAUUAUGGAGCUUUUGGGAGAACACAAAAUUACAUCAGAUCAAAUUUAUUCGAAGGCACCUGGUUUGACCCUACUUGAGGUAUUUAAGGAAUUAUAUGAACUGGUUAACCUAAACUGUGAGAAAAAAAAUAUAUUAGAGAAUACAUUGAAGCAAGAGCAAGAUGCUAGAUCACAGGAAAAAAUGAAACUACAAAAAGAUAUAAGCAUAAAGGCUCACAAGCUAAAUUUGCUAGAACAAGAGAAAAUUCAUGAUGAGCCUAAAACAAGUUCAUCAAACGAAGUUAUCAGCGAAGCUUAUAAUCUGCCAAAAGAAGGAAGCAGUGAUGACAGCAAUAACAACGGGGACGCUGACAGGAAAGUAUACACUUCUAUCGGCGACCUCCAAAAAGAAUACCAAACGAAGAUGGAUAUAUCAAAACGGCAGUUAGUGGAAAUUACUAAAGAGCUCGAGAAGUAUAAAGGUGCACUGAAGCAGCUGGAAAUUAAUAACAAUGCAAUGGAAAAAGAGUAUAACGAGCAAUUGAGAAGAAGCAGAGUUUUGGAAGAGAAUUUAAUAAAUGCCACUAAUGAAGGGGACGUAUUGCGGUCCGAGAAAGAAGCCCUUACGGCAAUUAAAAUACGUUAUGAAGAACAAGCUACCCAUAUACUUGAACAAUUAAAAGAACGAAAAAAGAAAAACCUGGAAGCUCAAAGCCUAAUUGAAAACGGUAUUGAGAGAGUUGAGAGAGAGAGGAAGAGAGUUCUAGAUUUAAAGAGAGCAAAUCGUUUCCUUAUCUGUCGUAUUCAUUUAAUCGAAUGUUAUAAACGGGAAUCACUGCAAUUUAUGUCACAACUGGCGAAUUGCUUCAACAGUCUAAUUGGAACAGAAGUUCUUCAAGAAUUUGAAGUACGUCUUGCCACUCUUUGGUCAAAAGAUAAUAUUGGGCAGAUACUUUCCAUGGAAAGUUCUAUAGAAACCCAGUUUAGGGGGUUACAGAAGGAGGUGGAAGAUUUUUAUCGAAAUGUAGCCAGCGUUAAAUUUUUAACAUUGAUUUCCAAUAGAUGUAAGUCCUAUAAACGAAAUAAUAUUUACUUGGCUGAACAACUACAAAAACUAAGGAAGCAUUACAAUGAGAGUUAUGAACAAUUCAAUAAGAUCGCUAUUGAGAAUACAAAAAUGAGACAAAGGCAACAGGAAUGGCAAUAA